UAGAGCGAGAAGAAGAGUCACAGUUUUAGAGAGAGAAAAUAUACUCCUACUACGACGCACGCUAGCUGUAGCAAAUACUCCUCCUCUGAUCAAUCGUUUGAAAUUCUCAACUUGAAACCCCCCCCUCCCCCCCUCCCCCGAUCUGACUCCGUAUCCCCCAAAGGUCACUCCUUUCCCCUUCCCUCCCUCCCCAAACCCUAACCCUAAAAUCCCAAACCUCUAUCUCUCUCUACACACAAUCGCACAGUUGUAUCCGUCUCUCUGUAUUUCUAUACACGCGCACUGCGAUGGCUGCGGCGAUCGAAGGCCAAGAAGACAAGGUGAUGGCGAAGGCCAAGGAGAUCGUCAAGAGCCUCAACAUGUCCAAGGACGAGACCAAGGACAUGAUCCUGAUCUUCUCCAGCUUCGACAACCGCCUCUCCAACAUCUCCACCCUGAUCUCCUCCACGAACGGCGGCGGCGGCGGCGGGGACGGGGUCGAGACCGAUCCCCGGCUCGACGAGGCGGAGAAGGUGAUCCUGCGCUGGGACGAGUCGGGCUCCGAGUCGGCCCGGGGCAACCCGGCCGCGGCGAUGCUGUGGGAGGAGUCGCCCGACGAGGCGGCGGAGUACCUCGAGGCCGUCGACAAGAUCCUCGACCUGACCGAGGACCCCUCGGUCCAGCCCAACGGCGCGAUCAUGGAUCGAGCCGAGAGCGCGCUCCAGUCGGCCAUGUCGCGGCUGGAGGACGAGUUCAGGCACAUCCUGACGCGGAACACGAUCCCGUUCAACGCCGAGCGGCUGUACGGAUCGAUGCGCAGGGUCUCACUGUCGUUCGCCUCGAACGACGGGGAUAUAAUAGCCGAGGACUUCGAUAGUGUUUGUGGUGAGGACGAAGGUAGUAGUCAGCAGGGGUACUGUCACGAGAGAGGCGUGAGCGUCGUGAGCUUGGGCGACGACGUGUUUGUGGAUUUGGUCCACCCGGACGCGGUGGAGGAGUUAAAGGAGAUUGCUGAUCGGAUGAUUAGGUCUAAGUACGAAAAGGAGUGUUGUCAGGUUUACAGUAGUGUUCGUCGCGACGUUAUCGAUGAGUGCUUGUCGAUUCUUGGUGUUGAGAGGCAGAGUAUCGAAGAGGUUCAGAAGAGUGAGUGGAAUUCGUUGGAUGAGAAGAUGAAGAAGUGGGUUAGGGCUGUUAAAGUCGUGGUUAGGGUUUUAUUGACCGGGGAGAAACGGCUGUGUGAGCAGUUGUUUGAGGGGUCUGAGCUUAUAAGAGAGGUUUGCUUUGUGGAGACGGCAAAGGGGUGUGUGAUGCAGUUGUUGAAUUUCGCGGAGGCAGUUGCGAUAGGGAAGAGAUCGCCUGAGAAGUUGUUCCGAAUACUCGAUAUGUAUGAUGUGUUGAAGGACGUGUUGCCUGAUUUCGAAUUGCUGUUCGGUGAUGAAUCAGGGGAGUUGGUGUGCAGUGAGGCGCAGGGAGUGCUGGAUGGACUUGGGGAGGCGGCAGUUGGCACGUUUGUGGAGUUUGAAAAUGCUGUGAAGAAUGAGGCUACUAAGAAACCAACCCAGGGUGGUGAGAUUCACCCCCUGACGCGGUAUGUGAUGAAUUAUGUGAAACUGCUUGUGGAUUACAGUAGCUCGCUGAAUGAUCUUUUGGGUAACGGCCUCGAUGAAUCGGAUGAUUUUUUGACUAGGGAAAAUGAGAAUAAUUUGCCAUUAGAAUGCACUUCUCCAUUUGCUGUUCGAUUGCUUUCGUUGAUGACGUCAUUGAAAUCAAACCUCGAGGAUAAAUCUAGAGUGUACGAGGACAGUGCGAUGCAAUAUGUGUUCUUGAUGAAUAAUAUACUUUACGUCGUUCAGAAGGUGAAAGGUUCUGAGCUUGGGAAGCUUUUGGGAGAUCAGUGGGUUCGCAAACACCGUGGUCAGAUUCGCCAGUAUUCCACGAGCUACCUCAGAGCAUCAUGGAGCAAAGCCCUGUCUUGUUUGAAGGAUGAGGGGAUUGGUGGCAGCUCAAGCAACGCAUCCAGGGUGGCUUUGAAGGAACGGUUCAAGAACUUCAAUACCUGUUUUGAAGAGAUUUAUAGGGUCCAGACAGCUUGGAAGGUCCCAGAUGCUCAACUUCGUGAAGAGCUUCGGAUAUCUAUUUCAGAGAAAGUGCUUCCAGCUUAUCGCUCCUUCUUGGGAAGGUUUGGGAAUCAUCUAGAGAGUGGAAAACAUGCUGGGAGAUACAUAAAAUACACUCCAGAGGAUUUAGAGACCUAUUUAUUGGAUCUAUUUGAAGGAACGCCAGGACUUCUGCAUCACAUGAGAAGAAAAAGUACGUAGGACACAGGAUUCUCGAGGGAGGUAAGGUGAUGCGGUGCUUAUUUUGUUGCUCUUAAUGGUUAAAUUGCAGAUUUUUUUAAUGGACGCCCGACCCUCCUCUAUACUGUAAUAACAUUGUACAUGUAUCAUAGAUCCUUCAUGUGUGAACUCAUCAGGUUUCAUGUAUUUACUGUUGUGAAAUGCAAUGAGAGUUGAAUUUA